UUACAGAUUUGAAGUAUGAACAACAAUAUCCAAUACGGUGAACACGUCAGAGGACAAAAUUUUCAAGUUGGACCUAGAUAUUGUCACUUGGAGUUCAUUGGGGAAGGUGCAUACGGAUGUGUGGCAAAAGCUACUGACACCGAAUCUAUCAAUCAGAAUCUUAAAAUUGCCAUUAAAAAAAUUAGUCCGUUUGAGCACCAGACAUAUUGCUUGCGGACUUUGCGAGAGAUCAAAAUACUGACAACUUUCCAGCACGAGAACAUCAUCGCCAUUGACAAUCUGUUUGCGUAUCCCUGCACAGACAACUGGCAUGACCUGAAGGACGUGUACAUAGUGCAGGAGCUCAUGGAGACAGACAUGUUCAAGUUGAUGAAGACUCAGUCUCUGUCUGGGGACCACAUUUGCUACUUUGUGUACCAGAUGCUGCGGGGUCUCAAGUACAUCCACUCGGCCAAUGUCAUCCAUAGGGACCUCAAGCCCAGCAACCUCCUCGUCAAUACCUCCUGUGACCUGCGCAUCUGCGACUUCGGUCUGGCACGCAUAGCGGAGCCACAGGACGACACUGGUAGCCAAACUGGCUUCCUCACAGAGUACGUGGCCACCCGCUGGUACAGGGCCCCAGAAGUCAUGCUCAACAGCAAACAGUACACGAAAGCGAUAGACGUGUGGUCUGUGGGCUGCAUUCUGGUGGAGAUGAUCAUCAAGAGACCCCUCUUCCCCGGUCGCCACUACCUGGACCAACUGGACCUCAUCCUCGACGUCCUCGGAACCCCUUCUUCAGAUGACCUGGACCACAUCACCAACAGAAAUGCUCGGAACUGGGUGGAGAAUUUGCAACACAAGCCCAAGAGACAGUGGCAUGACAUCUGUGCAGCAGCAUCAGCAACAACAACAGCAGGGGGCUCUGUGGACAUCAACUGCAUGAACUUCAUAGAACAGCUGCUCACAUUCGGACCACACAAGAGGUCAACAGUAGAACAAGCACUGGCACACCCCUACCUGAGCCAGUACUAUGACCCGAACGAUGAGCCAGUGUUUCCUCAUCCCAGUCUGCUGAGUUUUGAGGCGGGCAUAGACGAGAUGAGCAAGGAGGAGCUGAAGCGACUCAUCUUCGAAGAAGUGGCCAAGUUCGCCCCCACCCACUCGCCCCUUUCGAACAGUAACAGUCAGAUCACCUCAGACACGACAGUAGCAGCAGCCACAGUGGGACAGGGGGAGAGCAUGGACCAACAUCAAUAGGGGCAAGGGAGGAAAGGUGGAGGGGGAGAGGAGAAGCCUACUUGUUGGCUCUAAUUUAUUCAGCAUCUUACAACAAGGACCCACUGCUGUGCAGACAGAAAACCCCAGCCGCAUCAUUCAUCCAUUCUUUCAUUCCUCUUCUCUUCCACUACUCACUCGGUGGACAGAGAGGAGAGAGAGUGAAGAGGAAUGAUGUGAAUGUUAGUAGUAGUAGAAGUAGAAGUAGAAGAGAAAGAAGCAGGAGGAUCACACUCGCAAUUGUCCUCGGUCUCGUCCUCCCUCAGCAGCAGAAGUACAGAAGUAGUUUAGCAUUCUUGUUUGUUUUUGAUUGUUUACUGAGCAGUGCAAUGACUCCUUGACAGCAGCAGUGUGAGUCUCCCUCCCUCCGCCACUCCAUCACCAAUCACCACCAUCAUCGUCCGUCCUAUCCUGUCCCUCUUCCUCCUCCUCCCACUACUACACUGUUGGUUGUGUGUGACGGCGGUGUCCGUAGCUGCGUGUUCCCUCUGCUCUCACUCAAUUCUGAUUAAACUCAGCAUCUGUUUGCGCAUAAAUGUAUCUUUUACUUGCUGCUCUUUUUCUCCUCUCGUCUGUCGAUUGAGUUCUUCUUUAAUAUUCCUAUUCUAUGAAUUUGGCAGUUAUUUUUUAAAUUCAGCUAUUUUAAUAUCA